AUGUAUUUAUCAUCACUGACAUCAAAUAGUUCAAUUUAUUUUAAAAAUUGUUCAGAGUUAGAUUCGUACUAUGAAGCGAUACAAAUGGACGUUACUAUAACUGGAUAUUAUGCUUUUCUGAUCAACAGUAAGAUGAAAACCACAUAUGGUUGCAUCUACAAAAAUGACUUCAAUCCAUUUGAUGUGGCCAAAAAUAUGCUUAAAUAUAAUGGAGAUUAUGAAAGGCAAGGUCAAUUUGAAGUCAUAGCUGUUCUUGAAGCUAAUAUAAAAUACGUUUUCGUUAUAACAACAUCAUUUCCAAAUAGAACAGGAAACUUUUCAAUUGAAGGAUCUGGUCAAAGCUAUAUCGGCUUCAGUCGUAUUUUGAAUACUUCAUCAGUUGUUCAAACAGUUUAUGCAUCAAAAUUGACAACGAACAGUUCAACGUAUUCACGUCGUUGUUCAAGUUCAAAUUCUUACUAUGAAGCGAUACAAGUGAAUGUUCGUAGAAGUGGUCUUUACACUUUCUUCAGCCAGAGCAAUAUAAACACAUACGGUUCUAUUUACAAAGAUUAUUUCAAUCCAUCCUAUCCAAAUGAAAAUCGGCUCGUAUACGAUGAUGAAAGCUGCCAAGAACAUCAGUUUACAUUCACAAUUGCUCUUGAAACCAGUAUCACAUAUAUACUGAUUGUGACAUCCUUUUAUUCCAACAAAACAGGUGCAUUCUCGAUCUUUGUAUCUGGUCCAGACAGUGCUCAUCUCAAAAAUAUUAGUAAGUGUUUGCAUUACAACUAUGAAAUGAAUAUCUGUCAACGUUAG